UUGUGCAUCCUCACGUCCCGUAUAAGACUCAGAUCAGGAGGCAGGUUUCAGUCACUGAUCAGAAGAAACACGAGCGAGCAGAUGGCGAGCAAACCUGUGAGUGCAGGCAGCAAAAGACCCAGAGAUCCUUCUGUUCAGGGGUUAAAGGUCAAGUUUUUGAUCAAUAUACCUUUGAAGGUGGAUUCAGUGGAUCAGGCAUUGAGGAGGUAUGGUUAUCUGCUGGAGAAGCUGCCUGAAGGCUUUAGAAAAGAGGACAAGGAUAAGAAGGUGCUAGAAGACGUAGCUGUGAUUUUUGGCAUGAACGGAAAAUACACUCCAGAACUAGAGGGGGUUCUGAAGACUAUCAAAAAAACUCUAGAUAGUUUCAACCCUAAUUAUGCACAUAUCAAGCACUCUGUCAUCACCUACACCUGGGGAAAAGAUGGAACAAUAGCACAAGACAAUCCGGACUGUGUUCCCUACCAGGACAUUCGUGAGUAUCUGAAAAAUAACGAUGCUACAAAGAAACUUGUAGAAGAGUUGAGGGAGAAGGAUCCAAACUGUCUGGUGUACUUCAGUUUUGUUGAUAGUGACACGGUCAACUUUAACUCCAUCUACAGUGAAUACAUACAGAUUGUGCAAGAAGAGCUGAGAAAAGACUCCGUCCCUCCCACUGUGAUGUCGACUGGUUACGAGGUCAACCGCAACAGCGAGCAUCACAUUGCCACUUGGCUGGACCGCAUGACUCGCGUAGCCGUGGCAGAGGUCAAUCCCCUGCUUACGUACUACCCAGAACCUAACUUCUGUGUCUUAGUGCAGCAGGGAUGUGACACCAUAACGGAGAGUUUCAUCAAGCCAAAAAGGAAUAAAAAACAGCGUAAUAUGGAGUCAGGAGUCCUAAUCAGCCAGAUCAAGGAACGUGGCAAAAUUAAAGCUGUGUUCUCUGAUAAAGAGCCAAUCCACAUCGCUGUUCCUGAGAGGUUCAAGCUUAGUGGCAAAGGCCUGAAGACCGGACAGUCGGCCCUGCAGGAAAUGAUUUUUGCAAUCUGUACUUAUGCUAACGGGGAACUCACAAACGCAAGAGUAUACAACAAGCAGCAGCCAGACACAGUGACACAAGGCAAGCUGCCUAAAGGAAUAGCGGGCAUUAACAGAGCCUUCAUCAUUAAAUUAUAUAACUGCAAAGACGACAAGGAAUUCGAAGAGCUGGCUAAGAAGAACCCCUUCGACAUCGACGGAGAAGUCGCCACAAGCCUAGUGGAGGCCAUUAGAGCAGCGAGAGAGUAUCGAAAGUUUCUUUAUGAAUUUGAAAAAAAGCUUUAAUUUUUAAUUUCAGUUGAUUGUUGUGAACUUCACUUAGAUGAAGCACUGCUUUAAUCAGCAACAUCAGGAAGCUGUCAAUCAACCAGAUUUCUUCUUCAUUUUCUCUCAUGAUUUUUCUCAUGACCUCUCAUGACGUAAGCUGAUCAGUAGACUUGAUUCUGGAUAAAUAUAUUACAUUUAUAUCUAUACACAGUAUAUAUCCUGCUUAUGUCAUUGUUAAAAGAAAAAUUCAAAUAAAAGCCGUAACUUUUGUCCA